CCUGCCCGUCAUCGCUCACGCUACGCUCGGUAUCUUCAAUCAAUCAAACAUUCAACAUUGAUUCAUUGUGCAUUAGGAGUUAUUUCAGUACAUGAAGACACUCCGCUCUCAGAUCAACGAUGUGGCUGAUCAAGCAGCAAAGAUAUCUGUUGAAGAGCACAUGCAGUCCACCACUAUUCGAACUCUUCAGAAGGAUAUUGAUUUAGUGAAUAAAGAAACUCAGCAAGUCAAAGAGGAAACUGUGAAGAUGUUCAAAGCAAAGGAGCAGAUUUGUUCUCAGAUUCUGGAAAAACAGAGGAAAUUCACUUCUUUGGAAUCUGAUUCUUUCACCCGAAGUCAGAUACUGGAACUUGUGCAACAAGAAAGCCUAACCCUAGCACAAAAACUUGUGGAUCAAAGCCUAUUUCAUUUUUGUGCCAGUGCAUACUAUAAGAAAGUAGAUGAGGACAUCAAUGAACAACUUAAACAACAUCAGGAGUGGAUCAAAACUCACAAUUUUGAUUCCAAUAUCAGAGAGAACCAGGUAAGUGAGAAAACGGGUGAAAUAAAAGACUUUCAUGGCAAUGUAAGUAAUGAUAUGAUGAGGGAUAUUCAAGCUGUUCAGGGAAAAUUUGAUAAGACAGAACAAUUGAAAUCAAAUUUUGUCAUGGAGAAUGCGAAGCUGAGGCAGUGCAUUGAGCAAGUAAAGACUAAAAUGAGUGGCAUCAAGUUGCAGCCAGAACUUCGUGAUAUCGAUGAUCUGAACUUAGAAGAGGAACUCCACGCUGCCUUAUCUGACAAAGCUGGAGAAUAUGAAUAUAUGCAAUCUCUUCCGACACAGAUUAUGAGAUUUAAAGAAAUAUCCAACAGGUUUAGGUGUUCCUGUGAUAACGAAUAAAUUGACACUGGAUCAAUGUGCUUAGGCACUUGGCAGUGAUCAAUCCAAGUUCAUAGCCAUCUAUUUCUGGUGCUAUUAGUUGCGUGUAUUUUGCAAGGUUGGUCAAAGCAAAACCUUGUCAAGCUUUAUUUUUUCUUAUUGCUGUUCUCUCAUAUUUUAAUUGUACUCUAUUGCAUGAUGGCAACAGAUCGAUGUAAAAAAAAAAAUUGGCUUACUGCAUGUGCAAUCAUA